AUGAGCCUUCUGGAGAGCGAGGACAUUGAAUUCUUCACUCAUCUUCAACAGUGUUUCAGAAAGAAUUUUGCAGUUGACCCAAAAGAUUUCCUGGUGGAGUUGAUAGUUCGAGAAAGAGAGAGAGGUCAAGAACUCUACACAGCAACAGACAGAUCUGAGCAAAACAAACAUCUAACCAAGGAAUUACUGGCAAGCCCAGUCAUUUUCCUCAGAAAGUGGAUGGGUGAAGGCUUUGUGAGUAUACUGGAUUUUCCUGCAGUGUUGUUGAUUUGGGAUCAAUUGUACAUGCAAGAUUGGAAUCAAAAGGUGAUGGAGAAUUUCUGUCUCUCAAUCCUUAUGCUAUUAAAGGAUUCACUAAUGGCUGCCAAUGAUUAUCCAGCUAUAAGAGAGGUGUUUUUGUUCUAUGGUUGUCAUCUUCUUACAGCUGAUAUUCAGAGGGCCUGGAUUCAUCUUCAGCAAGGUGGUUUACCAUCUGACCUCCCUGGGCUUAGCAGGCAGAAUCAAAGGCCACUUGCUGAUCUGUCUCCAAGGCUCAGUUCAAUGGAAGCUGGAAAGGUUUCUCUUGGCUUCCAGGACAGCUUGCCAGUUGAAGUGAAGGAUGUUUUACUGAAGCUAGUUUUACCAGUACCACAGGUUGAGAUAUCACACACUGAAACUUGGUUGAAAGAGUUUGACCCUCUUGCUGUGGAGUUAACGGUUUCAGUAUUUUAUGGCCUUGAAAAACUGUGUUCCAAGACUAGCUCUUUUAAACCCUCUCUUGUACAGAAAACCAAAGGGAAAACAGCAAAUAAAAGUGAAACCACUGAAUUUACUGUUCAGUUCAAUGAAACAUUUGCCUUUGAUUCUCUGGAUCCAUCUGAGUUUAUAAAUAUGGCAGAAGCUAAACCCUAUAUUGUAUUACAAGUAGUUUACAAGUCUAAAGGCAAAGACUCACUGACUCUCGGAUGGCAAAUGGUGGAUGUAUUUCAGCAAGAAACUACAAAUAUUAGAGCUAUCUGGAAACCUAAAGAGUUUUCUACACUUGUUCCACUGCAUCCUGGAAAACUUCCUUAUAACAUUAUGGAUUAUACUUUGAAGCAUGUCUCAAAAGACUUGGCCCGGGGUCAUUCAAGUAUCCAGUUAACUGUUUAUGAUACAUCCAAGGAAAGACAUAGACAGAGAAACAGCCAAAAGAGAAGAAAAAGGCUUCAAGAGUCUGACUUUCUGUAUGUACCUUGGAUUCCAUAUAAUUCCUCUACCAUAUUACCAAGUCCUACAUCAUUAAACUGUCCAUUGGAUCUAUAUAUAGAUGCACUCCAUUAUAUCCCUGAUAAUGCAACAAUAACAAAGGUAACAGGGCAAAUCAAGAAUUCAGGGCUGAAUAGCUUGCCUGAUAUUAUGGCAUUUCCGCUUCCUAAUAGUUCAUCUCGAAAUCCAGAAUUCCAGUACCGAAUGGUCUUAAAUGGAGAUGAUCCAAAAGUAAUGAAUAUCAAGACAUGUGUUCUUCUUCAAGUUUAUACAGUGGAUGUAGAUUCUGGAGACCUUGUUAUAAUAGGAAACUCUGUGAUACGUGUGUUUAAUGAUGAUGGGAAGCUAAACGUAGGAGGAUUUCAAUUAAGACUGAGAGGAGGGAUGCCAACGAAGGAACCAGCAGCUUUUACACCAUCUGCAUUAAAUCCAUAUCCAGCCAUUCCCUGCUGCACUAUACUACUUCGAUUGUUACCACACACUCAGCUUACACCAGAACCCUGUAGUUUGACAGUGUUUUUACAGUUUUCAGUGCCUGCACCAAGCUACUUUAUGGGAUAUUACUUCUCAAAUGAUGCUAAGCCCAAUAAUUCAGAGCUAGAGGUUAUAUCCAGCUUUCAAAAGGACAACAGCUUCCCAAAACUUGUACAAGACAUGGCAAUACAUUUAAUUAACAAAGAACAAAGCAAAGUUACACUUGAUCAUUUGGAAGCCUGGUAUGUGGAAAGGUUGGAUGAAAAAAGACAUUCACGACCAGAACACUUUCCAAAAUAUAUCAAUAUACAUCAUGCAGUUCGUUAUCGGCAGGAAGUAGGCAUCCGGAUAAAGGUCAAACAAGCCUUUGGACUUAAAGCUGGUGGAUAUUAUGUAAAUGUGUUAGCCAGAGUCCUUAAGGGAGCUACAAGCAUGCAUUUGCCUGAGUUACCUCAACAAUGGGCAGGAGAAGAAACAUUUCUAACAAGCCAACUUGAUUUUACAAGUCUACAGAGCUCACCACGGUGGACGGAUCCAUCUGUGGUGUUACACCCUUAUCUUGAUGAUCAUAGUGUGCUUUUAAUUCAAAUAUUUGGCCUGAAUGCUAUUUAUGUUCCGGAUCCAAGUGGACAGAGACCAGGAAAAGUAAUCUCUCACCCUGGUCAGAUCCUGGAGCUUAAUACACAAUCACAGUUAGGCUGGACUGCUGUUCCACUCUUUGACAGUGACUAUGUGAGGAGUGGUGUGCACAGUACUCCGUUGUUUCAGGGUUCUCCAAGUGCAGAAUUUCUCCAGUCUGUAAUCUCUCAGCCAGUGAAGGAUGUUAUGGCUGAAGGUAUAAAGAAAAAGACAUUAAAACUUUUGCCAACUUUUGGCAGUGUUACUCUUGAGUUUUGGGAUGGUCAUUACUUUGAAGAGGAGCAUUAUGAGCUACCUGUUCUAAACAACCUUCUAACUGUUGCUAACACAAAGAAAUUUGUGGACACUCAAGCAAACAAGAGAGGCCAAGAGCUGUCACAGCUAGUUCUGCACAGUAUGGAUAAAAAAAUAAGAAAAUUGGGACGACAUAGCCCUGAAUAUUAUCAACAAGAGUAUUUUUACAAAGAAGCAAUGGGAAACGCUUUUUACAGUCUUGUGGAAGAUCUGCAGUAUCAUGAAUCAGUGCAAGCUGACACAGUUACAGAUUUUGACUUUCAGAUCUAG